AUGCCGCCGCUUGCUGCCCCACAACCACCACAAACAGUGCAAACAUCCCUCAAAAUUGGAGAUUUCCGUUUCUGGGUCGCAUCACCAAGGCCAUCGAGACGUAGGCCUCGCACUCUCUGGCGUAAUCUGCUCCUCAGGCAGGCUUUGCAGGAUGCCAGGUUAUGUGGGAUGACUGACAGAAGAAGAAUCAAUGGGCCGCCCAGCGGCACAAGGCCGCCAGUCUUUGCGUCCCUGCUGCGGUCUGCAACAGGCGCCGCUGUAGAGAGACCUCAGCGCACAAGACGACCUAAUGAGCUGAGAAAAAUAUUUCUGAAGACCGGUCUGAUCCCUUCCGCUACCGGUUCUGCAUACCUCGAAAUCGAGCCGUCAAGAUCGCUCUCCACCAAAUCCUUGAUUGCACCCUCAACUGCACUUAAGAUCGCAUGCACGGUUCACGGGCCAAAACCUCUCCCUCGCUCUGCGCCGUUCUCGCAGAAUCUACUCCUAACCACGCACGUCAAAUACGCGCCUUUUGCCGCCCGCAGACGGAAAGGUCAUAUUCGCGAUGCCAGUGAAAGGGACCUUGGCGUGCAUCUCGAGACCGCCAUUCGAGGUGCCAUCAUUGCCGAACGCUGGCCGAAAAGCGCUCUGGACGUAACGAUCACAGUACUGGAAGCCGCAGAUGACCGGUGGUGGGGCGAUGCUCCUGGUUCCCAGGACGCAUCCUGGGGGAUGAUGAACGUCCUUGCAGGUUGCAUCACAGCCGCCUCUGCCGCAAUAGCAGAUGCCAGAAUCGACUGUCUCGAUCUUGUUGCAGGGGGUGUAGCUGCCCUUGUCGCGGAGGACCCAGGUGCUGAGGAAGCAGACAAAGCAGAUGAAGCUCCAAAACUUGUGCUGGAUCCAGAUCCAUCUGAACACCGGGAGAUUGUAGCUGCUUGUGUGGUGGCCUAUAUGCCUGGUCGAGAUGAGAUUACAGAGCUGUGGCUGAAGGGAGACACGUCACGCGUUGCGCUGAGUGGAGGGGACAAGCGUUCCGGUCAUGAAGCUAUUAUCGAUGGCGCUGUAGAUGCAGCCCGUGGUGUUCAUACAGUCCUGGCCGAGGCUGUCAGGGAGUCAGGAGAGAGGUUUGUGAGACAAAUGACCGCUGGGACACACAAUUUCAAGGCUACAAAAGGUGAUUCAGAUGUUGAAAUGAAGAUAUGA